AUGGUCAAGAUUGCAAUCGCAGGCGGCUCUGGCAACAUUGGCCAAGAGAUUAUCGACGCACUUGUCGCUGCGAAGAAGCACGACAUCCUGAUCCUUACUCGAAAGGAUAUCGCCAAUGGCAGCACAGUUCAGGGUGUGACAUGGACCAGGACAGAUUAUCAGGAUGUCAAUGAGCUGGCCAACAUAUUGAAAGGCACGCACACAGUCCUGUCAUUUAUCACCGUGCACUUGGAUGAUGGGAACCAAAAACGGUUGAUUGAUGCUGCGGUACAGGCGGGAGUCAAGAGGUUUGCUCCCAGUGAAUGGUCAUCGUCCUCGCUUGAUCAUAUGAGUUGGUACGGUGGUAAGGGAGAAAUCAGGGAGUACCUCAGGGAGCUAAACAAGGACAAAAAGGUAUUAGAAUACUCGCUAUUCCAGCCAGGGCUAUUAACCAACUACCUUGGCCACCCACACAAUACCACGAAGCAUGUGACGAUGCUCGAGACUCCCAUCGACUUUAGUAACUGCCGAAUACUCUUGGCCAAAGGUGGUGAGCAAAGUCUCAUUACUCUUACUACAAUCCAAGAUAUUGCCCGCAUUGUAUGCCAAGCCAUCGAAUACGAAGGCGAAUGGCCAGUUAUCGGUGGUAUAAGUGGCUCGGAGGUUACACUUCAACAACUCAUCGCCCUUGGUGAAAGAAUUCGUGGCAAACGCUUUCGGGUGGACGUACUAGAAGUGAACGAUCUCAAAGCUGAAAAAGUGGCAUCGUCGUGGAUGCCUGGGGUUCGUCAUCCCUCCAUCUCGGAGGAGGAGUUUGCAGCCAUGACGGCUAAGCUGACUUCAGGGUUGGUGCUGGCAUUUUCGACAGGAGCUUGGAAAGUGUCAGAUGAGUGGAAUAGUCUGUUACCAGACUACAAAUUUACCCAAGUAGCUGAGUUUUUGGAUGAUGUGUGGGGAAACAGAUCUUGA